AUGCCGAGCAUUGACAAGUUAGUUGAAGCAGCUUCAGGCAACGAGAGGUUAAGCCUCUUGGAUGCAUAUUCUGGGUAUCACCAGGUGCCGAUGGCUCCCGAAGACGAAGAGAAAACCUCGUUCUAUGCUGGCGAUGAGAUCUAUUGUUAUGUCAUGAUGCCGUUCGGCUUAAAGAAUGCAAGUGCGACUUAUCAGAAAAUGGUGACCAUAGUCUUCCGAGCUCAGAUUGGCAAGAAUCUGGAGGUGUAUGUGGAUGACAUUGUGGUAAAGAGCCUGAAGGCAGAAAACCAUCUAGCUGACCUCGACGAAACCUUUAACAACCUCAGAAGGAACCGGAUGCGGUUAAACCCAGCCAAGUGUAUCUUCGGAGUGGAGUCUGGAAAGUUUCUAGGUUUCAUGGUGUCCCGAAGAGGGAUUGAGGUCAAUCCGGAGAAGAUCAGAGCAAUCGCCGAGAUGGAACCGCCGAAGUCAAUUAAGGACAUACAGAGGUUGACUGGAAGGGUGGCAGCUCUGCAUCGGUUUAUCUCCAGAUCAGCAGAUAAGUGUUUACCAUUCUUCAGAAUUAUGAGGUCAGCCGCCCAAAAGGAUGAGUCAGGAAAGCAGAAGAAAUUUGAAUGGACUCAGGAAUACCAAACUGCAUUCGACGAGCUGAAGUCUUAUCUUAGCUCGCCACCUCUACUGACUAAGGCUAUAGAUGAAGAGAUUCUUUAUCUAUACCUGGGGAUUUCAGAUGAGGCCAUUAGUUCAGUCCUGGUGAGAGAGGAAGCCAAGCAGCAGAAACCAAUCUAUUAUAUCAGCAGUGUAUUGCACGGAGCAAAACUGAGGUACCCUAUAGCCGAGAAAGCAGCCUUAGCAGUUGUCACUUCGGCCAGGAAGUUGAGGCCAUAUUUCCAAUCACACCCAAUUAUCAUUCUUACAGAUCAACCUCUCCGGCAGAUUCUGCAGAAACCAGAGUGCUCUGGAAGAUUAAUCAAGUGGGCAAUAGAACUGGGGGAGUUUGAGAUCACGUUUCAGCAGAGGUCGACCAUCCGAGCUCAAGCAUUAGCAGAUUUUAUUGUCGAAUGCACCCCAUGCCCCUCAACUUCUACUCCAGAAUUCAACGAAUGGACCUUAUAUGUUGACGGAGCCUCUAGUAGCAAGGGUUCAGGGGCUGGAGCUCUUUUGAUUGGUCCAAACGGUUAUCGAAGCGAACAUGCUUUGAAGCUCAACUUUGAUGCGACAAAUAAUAUGGCUGAUGUACAGUGACUCCCA